UGUGUGUGUGUGUAUAUGUGUUUUCAUGUUAUUUUUUCUUUUCAUUUGGACUACAAAAAAAAGUCUCGUCUGGAACUCAUCUUGGAUCAUGAGUCGACAAUGAUGAUGAUGAUGAUUGUGGCCGCGGCCACAUCUUUAUUUGUGCUUUACAAGGUUUGAGCCUUGUUUUUGUGAUUCUGUGUUUAGAGUUUUUUUCCAAUUGCAAAAAACGAUGUGAAAUUUCCUACAUAUCCACAAACAUUGAUGAUACGAUCCUCAAUGGUCAAUUUAUAUUAUUAAAUUGAAAACUAUAUUUGACAGCAGAAAAAACGAACCCAAUUGCUUCAUCAUUGAUAAUCUUAUAUUGCCGCAAAAAUGAAAUUCUUAUCGUUGAAAAAAAACACAAAAGAGCCGAGAAUGUUUUCAAAACAUUCGAUCAUAAUCAUUCAAGACCAUAGAAUCUAGCAUUAUUAUGAUGGUCAACAUAAAUUUCAUUAUCGAUAUUGACUUUAAUAAUUCAUAUGAAUGAAUUUAUACUAAUGUAUGUGUUCGGUGAAUUGUAAAACCGGCCAAAAAUUCCAAGAGCUAGCAUUUUUCAUCAUCUCUUUGACUGCCAAAUCUCAUUUGCCAAGACAUACUAAUUCAUGAUCAUAAUAAAAUAGAAAUCAAUUUUUUAAAAUUCUAAACAAAAUAGAAAAAUAACAACAACGAUUGCCUUUUUUGCACAGAGAGAAUAUUCUUUAUAAUAAAACUUAUCUGGCUUCUAAAAUUCUACAUCUUUUUCAUCAAUCGUAUUCUGUUCUGAUCUCCCAUCCCGAACAUAUUCGUUUUUUCUUUACUAAUGAAUAAUGAUGACGUUUUCCCUUGAUGAAUAACUCAUCGUGUUGAGAUGAGAAUCUUUUUUUUCUGAAUAUAUAUCAUAACAAUCAUGGCUCAAUGGUUGGCAACGAUCACUUAAAGACCAGACCAUUCUUAUAUCAUCAAUCAGCUUCAAUUUUUGCUUCGUGCCAACAGCAAACCUGGUGUUUUAUUCAGUUUUCUGUGCAAUAUUCAUCAUCAAAUCCAGUCAUUGACUGUUAAUUUAAAUAAUUUACAGUUUAUUAUUUAUUCGUGAAGAAAAUAAGAUUGUGUAUUUUCAAACAAUAAUUCGCCUAACGAAUGGAGACAAAUGAUAAUAACUGACCGAUUUGACAACUUUCAAUAUUGUAGAAUAGUAAUUUCACAUAUAUUCAAUUUUAAGGCUAUCAAGCCAUCUCUAUAAAUCAUCAUUCACAAUAGUAACGAUGGUAUCAAAAAUGUCUUUGUCGUCUUUUAGAACGACAUUAUUAUUGACCAAUCACAAUAGGAAAUACUAUUGUCAUCAAUCAUUUGGAUGGUUGAUAUUCAUAUCAUUAUUCAUAUCUUCAUUGGCAUCCAAUUCUUUACUAAAUAGCGAAACAACAUCAUUGUUUGGUGUGUUCCGUAUACCCGACCAACAAGCAUUUAUAGGAAAAUUAUUCUACUAUCAAAUCGAAAUUCCAGAUGAUGUGAAAAAUUUUACUUUAUCACAAGCUGGUUCUUACGUUGAUUCCAACAAUCGUCUGCCGGAUUGGCUUUAUUUUGAUCAUAGUACUGGCCUUUUAUUUGGCGCCCCACAAGAGAAACGCAUUUAUUUCAUUCAAGUUGAAGCCAUGCAAAAUGGUCGUAAAUAUGAAGAUAUUUUUGUGAUCGAAACAUUGGACCGUCCGGCUUAUCUAUUGAAUGGCCUUUAUCGAUGGCAAGAUCAAUCAAUGAGACAAUCAUCAGCUUAUUUUCAUCAAUGUCGGAUCGAUUUAAAACAAAAUUUCUCAAAUAUUAAACAAAUUUUUGAUAUGAUCGUGAUCGGUUUAUAUCAGUCAUAUUUUAAACAUAGUGAUCAAACAUUUCAAAAUGAACAAACAUUGAAACAAUGGCUCAAUCAAUUUAAUGUACAAGCUGUUUUUGACGAUAUCAGUGGCCAUGGUUCUACCUUGAAUAAAGAGUAUCAUCUUUUUUACGAUGUCAAAGAAUGUGAAACUGAACCUAAUGGUAAACUUCAACUCGAUACCAAUAGUCAAUUGCUUUUGAAACAAUUGAAAAUAUCUAAUGUCGACUCUGAGUUGGUAAAAAUAACCCAAGGUCCAAUCCAUGGUGACGGUAAUGAUGAUAUACAAUUCAAUAUUGAUGCCAAUCGAGUCGAUCCUUCCAUAUCACUAAUGACAUCAUCAGAAUCGACUUAUCAUCCAGGUAGACAACACCACGAUUAUGAACACCAUCACCAUCGCUAUCAUCAUCAUCACAAUAAAAGAGAUCAUCAUCAUCGGCGAAAUGCUUAUUCUGAUGAUGAAAAUAUUUAUGAAACUCCAGCAUUGAAUAAAGAAAUAUGGUCAUCAUCAACAACAUCGAAAAUCGAUUAUUCUUUAAGUCAUUUUGAUCAAAUGACUGCAUUAUCACGAACUAUUAUACCAUCAAUGGUAUCACCAACAUUUACCGGUUUAGCCAGUGAUAAUAUUCAUGGUGGCUUUAGUCAACAAUUCAAUCGCAUUCAACCUACACCAACCAUUCAAACACAAGAAACAACUCGAUCCGGUCAUCAACUUCAUCUUAACAUCCCAUCAUAUCCGCAUUUGUAUCAAACGCCAGUAUUAGUCCCAGAAUUGAUUAGCCGAAGUGUAAGUUUGGCGCUUGACAAUAAUAACCUGGACCAACAAUCGCCACUAUUCACACCGGUAUUCUCAACAAGCACGAUGUCGAUACUGCAAUCUUCUGCAACAAUCGAUACGACUCAAGUGUUGGGUAGCAGCAGUGAUUAUGAAAAGAGCAAACCAUCCAUAGCGCCACUUGAUACAAAUGAUUUAGGAAAAACCUCAAUUAAUUUCGGAGAUGAAAAUAUUUUAAAUACAACUACGAGUAUAACAACGUCGACCAGUACAACAGAACAUUCAACAACGAUAUUGAAUCAUCGACCUUUUGUCAAUAAGCGUAUCAGUAAAUUAAGUAUCACUGCAGGAAAGUUUUGGCAAUUUAGUAUACCAGAAGAUACUUUCUAUGACAAAGAAGAUGGUAAUACACGCCAAUUGAGAAUCGGUUUCUUUAUGGACUCGGAAAUAUUGCCAGCUGAUUAUUGGAUUCAAUUUGAUAAUGAAAAUCAAUAUUUGUAUGCAUUGCCGACCGAUGAUAAUAUUGGCCGAUAUCGAUUCAAUUUAGUUGCAGUAGAUCUUCAAGGUGGUGAAGCAACUGAAAUCAUCGAAAUUUAUGUACGACAAUCGCGACAAUCACUUUCUUACACGCAUAAAUUUAUUUUGGCAAAUAUGACCUGGGAUAAUGAUAGAUAUCCAGAACGAAUUCAGGCUGUGUCGUCCAUAUUGCAAAGAAUGGCCAUACAAGUAUUUGAAGAGAUGCCUUCCGGUGGUCUUAACGAAGCUGCUCAACGACAAGCUCUAUUGAGACAUAUAAAUGUUUUGAACAUACAACAAAAUCCAGAAUCACUUCAAUGGUCAAUUACAUGGACAAAUGAUUCAUUACGAAGACAUCCAUGUCCUGUGAAUGAAAUUAAUUUGUUAUUUAGUCGCCUUUAUGAUAUAACAUUUCCUGAAGAUGAAUUCGGCUUUAUGUCGCCUUCAAAUGAACUUCGUUCGUCAGUUUCACCAGAUUUCACUAUUGAACAUGUAAAACGUUUAUUUAUCGGACGAUCGGCUUGUGGUAGUUAUGCGGCUGCUGUAGAUUCGACAUCAGCAUCUAGACACAAAGAUAAAAUUGUGUUUAGCAAUCGAUUGAAUCGAAUCGGUCCAUAUAGACUAGGCAGUGCAUUCAAAUUUCAGAUACCGAAAGAUACUGUUUAUUCGAUGACUCGUCAAGUAGAUACAAGACAGUUGGCAUUGUCAUUGGCACCGUUAGAACCUGAAAUUGAUCUUCCUGAUUUCAUAUACUUUGAUACGCACGAGCAAACUAUCUAUGGCUUACCAUACAAACAGGAACAUAUCCGAACAUAUGAAUUAAAAUUAAUUGCUGAAGAUACGGUUCACGGUAGAAGUGAGCAUGAUAUUUUUAUAUUAGAUGUUGAACAUGAUGACAACACAAGAGAAGAUUAUUUGUUCGAGGUAACAAUGAAUUUCCUAUAUCGUAAUAUUGAACUUACAUCUCGAUCGCAGCAACGUUUGACAUCAAAAGAUUUUUAUGAAGUUGCACAUGCAAUAUCAACACGUUUGAUGGGCAAUUCUAAUCUGGAAGCUUUUCGUAUGUUGGACAUCAGUCGAUAUCGUUUUACCAAAAUUGCCGAACCUAUUGAACAUUUACCUUAUAACAGUAAUAAUCUAUUGGAAAAUUAUGAAGUUACUUCGAAUUCAUUGUUACUCGAGGAUGACAUUGAAAAGAAUGUUGAAAAUCACUUAUCAGAAAGCAAACAACAGGUCAAGCGUCAUUUACAUAAUCAUCAUCAAAAUAGAAUAUGGAAUCAUCAUCAUGAGACAAGUUUAAUUAGGCCGGUUAGAUCUAUCAAUAAUCUUCAAAGUGAUUAUUUCUAUGAAUUUGUUUGGACCAAUCGUACAUUAGUGACCAGUUAUUCACAUUCCCAGAACGUCAUCGGUGGUGGUUCAAUAUUUGAGACCAAAACUUGUCCUAAAAGUGUCAUCCAAGAAGACAUUUAUCGGAAAUUAUUCCCCCGAAAUUCACAGGAAUUUUUGUCUAAUGUCAAUUUAAAUAAAAAUAUUACCAGUAUGGACGUUCUUGAUAUCUACAACCAGCUUUUCGAUCCAUUGGAAGCUAAUCUAAAAUUCUUAAGCGUCGAAUGGAUACCAAAAUCUGUUUGUUCCAAUAAUCCUGGCUUAGAAAACAGGGUGAUGGGUGCUAAACCCAUUAGAGAUACAUCGGCUGAAGAUGAUGAUGAAGAAGAUGAAAGUGUCGACUUGGAUAAUUCAGUUGCUGCAGCUGAAACUGAGGAUCCAACAAUCAGCAUAUCUAUUAAUCAUGAUGUCAGUGAAGCGCCGGAUGUGGAUGAAUAUCCUAAUAUGCAUUAUUUUGGUGACCGUUUGUUAGCAAUGUUGAUUCCACCUAUUGCCAUAUUGAUUGCAUUGUUAUUUGCUGUUACAAUUGGCUGUUGUUUCCAUCGUGCCAAUCAACGUCGUAAAGCUAUGGGUACGAUGGCACCAUAUCAUGAUGAAUCGCCUACAUUAUAUCGACAACGAAUACCUAUACAAUUGGAAUUUGAACGUGCUGGCCUACGAGGCAGUGGUAUUCAUCCUAGCGAACAAGAAUCUAUGUUAGAUUCUAAAUUCGGCAGACAUCCGGUACAUAUAAUGCCUCCAAAACUUCGUGGUGGUCCGCCAUCCAACUUACCGGCAGCUCAAGCUGCUGCUAGUCAUCAUGUCCAUCAUCCUGGUGGUACACAUCGACAUCCGACUCUACCUUAUCAAAUGUUACCACAACAAUAGUCUGAACAAUUCGGAAGACAAUUUUUAUUGUUGUUCGGGUGCCUUGUCCAUAGCCAACAAUCAAUAAUUAACGUCUGAUUGGUUCCCAUCAAAAAAAAAGCAAAGCCUAAACAAAUAUAGCUUCUGAUUUUGAAAAUUCAUCAUCAUAUGGUGUUCAAACGUAUUUCAUCGACUUUAGAUUUUUUUUCUACUAAAUCAUUAUUCUCAUUGGUUUUUCAAUUGGUUAACUUAUUCUUCAAUUUCUUUUGUUAAUAUGCAACUGUAUGAAUUCAACGUUUUUCUAUUGUGUAUUAUAGUAUUUUAUGUUCAUCCUCCAAUCGUUUUAUCUCUAUAUAUUGCUUUUUAUUCAAAUUGGCAUCUUUGAAUUGUCAUUUUGUUCAAAUAAAUUCGUUCCAUAAUAAUAAAAAAUCAUUAAACAC